UAAAACCAAAUACUUUUAGACUAACUCAAGUAGUAUUUUACAGGGUGACUUUCAUUUUUUGAGCCAUUUUCUAUGAUGGUAUCUUUACUUUUAUCCCCACUGAGUGUUCCUGGCGUUACAUGUUACAAGUGGAUGAAUUAAUACAAUUGCCAAUAGGCAGGCAGUGUAUCACAUUGUAGAAGUUAUUCAAGCUACAAAAUGGCAGCUGCGUCCGAGCCACUGUAUGGCAGACUUUCUAUGUAUUUAUUUGGGGCUAAAUUGCCUAACUAUGGAAGAAUGUGAAACUGUUCGCACCUUCAUCAGUGCCAAAAUUAUCACCGAAGGAUCAUUCCCCGCGCAUACUCUUUACAUUAGUAAUUUCACUUUUUACCGCAAAGACCUCUGGGCUGCUAUUUUCCUUUUCGCGGUGAAUUGUGGGCAAUCAUUGGUCCGCCGAGCUUUUCGAGUCUGCUGUUCCACCAUUGGAAAAUAUGGCUGCCUCGGCUCCAUCGGCGGGUUUCUCCUCCGAUUUGUGCCCAAGCUACGCCGUGAUAUGCUCUUUUCUAGAGCGUUACGGAGCUUUACUGGAUCUACCGGAGCUCACAUUUCCGCAGUUGGAGAGAUAUCUCCAAGACACAUCUUCAGUUCCAAAGCUCUUGGUGGACCUUCAUGUGAAGUUGCUGAGGAAGAUUGGCAAGUCAGUGUCGGCAGACAGAUGGGAGAAGUACAUUGUGAAGGUGUGCCAUGAGUUCAACAGUACCUGGGCAUGGGAACUUGAAAAUAAAGGAUACAAGGACAUGUCUGUGGAGUGCAAGACUGGAAUACUCAAACACUUAUGUGAGUGCCAGUUUGAUGACAAUGUCAAGUUCAAGACUGCAAUUAAUGAGGAGGAUCCCGAUAAGAUGCGGCUCCAUCCUAUUGGCAAGGACAAGGAUGGCCUAAUGUACUGGUUCCAACUUGACCAGGAUAACAAUGUGAGGGUCUAUGUGGAGGAGCAGGAUGACCUGGACGGGUCCUCCUGGAAGUGCAUUGUCAGAGACAGAAACAGCUUGGCUGAGAUCCUGGCACAGCUGAAGACUCAAAUCGACCCAGCACUGUUGACAAAGAAAGAAGGAGAGGAGGAAGAUGAGAACAAGAAGACUGGGGGAGAAGGGGAAAUUAAAAAGACAGAGGAUACCUCAGGGGAUGAAGAGGACAAACCCUCCAAGGAUACAGAUUCUUUAGUGUCCCCAAAAACAGAGAGUACAGAAAAAAAAUCCCCAAAAGAGGAAUCAAAGCUGGACGAAUCAGAUGCCAAAUCCCCAUCGAAUGGCCUCAAAGACAGCCAAGUUGAGUCAGAGUCAACAAGACAAUCCGAGAAGCCAAUGGUGGAUGACAAGGCCACCAUUAACACCCAGGCCAUCAAAGAAGAGCCGAUGGAGGUGUCAGAAUCCAAGGAGAGCACAGCCACAAGUGCUACAGAGCCUCUUGUGGAGAAACAUUGUGUGAUGCCACAGAGAGAACAGACUGAGGAAGCCAAGAGGAAGACUGCAGAGGAACUCCAAAGGGUGAUGAAGAAUGACCAGCAGGCCAAAAUCCCCUUGAAAAAGAGAGAGAUGAAACUUAGUGACGAUUUUGAUAAUAGUAGUGGCGGUGGAAGUAGAAUCAUUGUGCGUAACCCAUCUGUUGCUCCUGUCAAAGAAGCUCCUAAAGUUGAGGAGACAAGCAAAGAGGUCUCUGUUGCCCUGGUGGGGACGAUGGAGACUAAAAGUGAUCAAGUGAAUGGUGAUGCUCAGCCUGUCACAGAAAAAGGUGUCAAUAAGGGGAUGAGAGGAUCUCCUAAAGAGAUGAGAGAAUCUGCUGAUAGCAAAGAACAGCAAACAAAAGCUGUUGCUAGGGAAGAAUGUGAAGCAGCAGAAGCUAGUGAAAAAGAGAAAACAAAUCUGGACAUGGACAAAAAGAAAGGGGAGAUGGCAAGCAAUGCUGAGGAGCCCAUGGAGGUGGCCAUGGCUGAUGAAACUAACCUAAAGAAAACUAUUCCAGCCCCAAAGGCAGAGAAGGAAAGCACUGAAGCACUGAAAAAAACAUCCCUAAAAGAGGCUAAAUCUUCAUCCCCUCUGACAAAGCCAACAAGCACACCGGAAAAGUCCUCUGAUCUUAAAGAGGAACAAAAAGUCAAGGUAUCCAAGUGGGAUGUGAAAGUGCGUCGUACAGAACACAAGACAUCCACAUCAAUAGAAACCGAUAAAAACCCUUUAUCUAGUAAGUCACAGAAACCAGAUGAAACUAAAGGAACCGAUUCAUCCAUUGCAUUUCAAGAGGUAAAUUUGGCUGCCUUUAAGGAAACAGUUGUCCCUAAAGACAGUUGUCCCCUUUCUGUAGUGAAAGAGAUGGAAAACACAUCCAUCAUAAAAGCCACAGAAAAGUUGUUGAACCCUAAAAACCCAGAAACAUCAGUCAUCACUAAACAAACCGAGAGACCUGAUCCCAUUACAGAUAAACCAGAAAGCUCGAAACGCCCUGAGUCGCCAGCAGUCAUAAAAAAUACAGAGAAACCAUCUAACAAAGAGAGUGCAGAGAAAUGUGAUGGUUCUAACGAUAUCGAAACAUCUUCUGUCAUUAAAAAGACAGAGAUUUCAGGAAAGAGUAAAGAUGCCACGAACCUGGCCAGCUCUAAAGAGACCAAUACGUCUUCAUUCCUUAAAAAGGCAGACAAACCAGUUCCCAAUAAAGAAGCAGAGAAACUGGACAGCACUAAAGAGACUAAUAAAUCGUUGGUCAUUAAAAUGACAGUGAAACCAGAAGCAUCAAAACAUACAGAUAAAUGUGAUACCCCUAAAGACAUUAUGUCAGCUCUCACCAAAGAGAAACCUGCUGUCAGUGCUGUAAGCACAAAUACAAAUGUUGCUCCUGAGGUGAAGAAAAAAAACGUCCUGGAGAAAGACUCUAAGAAAACAGCUAUCUGUAAAGAUGAGACGAGAGCUGUUGCGACAGUGACUGAGACACAAUCUGUCCCUAAAGAUGUGGAGAUGGCAGACGUCUUUGAGAAAUCAAACCAAUCACAACUGGAAGGACCCAAAAAGGUAGAGAAAUUGGGUAUCCCUAAAGACACGUUGAAAUCCACAAUGCCUAAAUACGCAGAGAAAUCUGCUAAAUUGGCUACCCCUAAAGACGCGGAGAAAUUGGCUACCCCUAAGGACGCGGAGAAAUUGGCUACCCCUAAGGACGCGGAGAAAUUGGCUACCCCUAAGGACGCGGAGAAAUUGGCUACCCCUAAGGACGCGGAGAAAUUGGCUACCCCUAAGGACGCGGAGAAAUUGGCUACCCCUAAGGACGCGGAGAAAUUGGCUACCCCUAAGGACGCGGAGAAAUUGGCUACGCCUACGGACGCGGAGAAAUUGGCUACGCCUACGGACGCGGAGAAAUUGGCUACGCCUACGGACGCGGAGAAAUUGGCUACGCCUACGGACGCGGAGAAAUUGGCUACGCCUACGGACGCGGUGAAAUUGGCUACGCCUACGGACGCGGAGAAAUUGGCUACGCCUACGGACGCGGAGAAAUUGGCUACGCCUAAGGACGCGGAGAAAUUGCCUAAAUCGGCUACGUCUGAAAAUGCUGGGAAAUCUGUUACCCCUAAAGACACUGAGAAAUCGGCUACCACUACAGACGCUGAAAAUUCUGCUAAAUCGCCUACGCCUAUCCCUAAAGACGCGGAGAAAUUGGCUACGCCUAAAGACGCGGAGAAAUUGGCUACGCCUAAAGAUGCGGAGAAAUUGCCUAAAUCGGCUACGUCUGAAAAUGCUGGGAAAUCUGUUACCCCUAAAGACACUGAGAAAUCGGCUACCACUACAGAUGCUGAAAAUUCUGCUAAAUCGCCUACGCCUAUCCCUAAAGACGCGGAGAAAUUGGCUACGCCUAAAGACGCAGAGAAAUUGGCUACGCCUAAAGAUGCGGAGAAAUUGCCUAAAUCAGCUAUGUCUGAAAAUGCUGGGAAAUUUGUUACCCCUAAAGACACUGAGAAAUCGGCUACCACUACAGACGCAGAAAAUUUGGCUAAAUCGGCUAUGCCUAUCCCAAAAGACGAGGAGAUAUUGGCUACUCCUAAAGAAGCGGAGAAAUCGGUUAACACUAAAGACACUGAGAAAUCAGUUACCCUUAAAAACACAGAGACUGCUUCUAAAAAGAUUGUGAAAUCUUCAAUCUGUGAAGGACAGAAACCAGAUGCCUCUAAAGAAACUGAGAAACUGGCAGACAUAAAGCCACCUGCAGCAAAAGGAGAGAAACAUGUCGCCUUUGAGGAUUCCAAGCAAUUACCUUCUCUCAAAGAGUCUGUCCCAGUGGGGAAGAAACAGGAAGAGCCUAUGGAAAUAAGUUCGGAAAAGUCAACAGAUGACAAUGUAAUUAUUAGGGGACAUGCCAAUAAAGGCUGGACAAAGAAGUCUGUUAAAAGUGGAGAGAAUUCUGAGAGUGAGCCUAUCAAAGACUCAAACCGCAUGGACUGUAAUGCACCAUCAGAAAAACAGGCUACCAGCAAGAAGGCAUCAUCUCUCACUGAGGCUGAAGGUGAGACAGACAAAAGCCAGGACAAAGUAAUAAAGGAAGAUGCCACAACACAGGGAUGCCCUAAAGAGGAUGAGAAGGAAGUUGAUCAGGCUAAGAAAGACGACAAAAAGGAGGCUUAUGGUGCUGAGAAAGAUGACUCAACUGCAGCAGAGAAAACGUGUGAGGCAAAAGCAAGUAAAGGGUCUGAGAAUAAAGAUGAAAAAAAGGAUGCCGGAACAACAUCAGAGAUUCAAGAGGAGGGAAUUCGCCUGAAAAUACGGGGGAUUACUCAUCGAAGGAGAGCUGAGCUCCAGAGAACGGAGAGGGAUUCCGGGUCCGAUACUGGUGAGACUGGGAGAUCCCUGAGGAGGUCACCCAGGAUUUGCAGGCCAACCGCUAAGGGGGUGGAGUUCCAGGACAGGAGGCUGGAGAAAAAAGAGACCACGCCCCCUGAGAAGGAGGAUGAGGACGAGGAGGAGGAAACUGUUCAGAGGAAACCGAGAGAAAAGGUUGAUCAAGAUGGACAGUCCAAAUCUAAGGGGCGACGGAGGAGAAAGACCCGGUGGUCCAACACUCGAACACGAAGGCGCAAAAAGAAUGGUUCUGGUGAUGACAAUGAAAGCGAGUCAAGCGAAGAGGAGAGUGAGGAGGACGACAGUGAUGAGAGCUUUAAGGUGGAGAAGGGCAAGAGGAGGUGGAGGAACCGGAACAGAGAAAGGCACAGCGACGACUCUGACACCUCCUCGGAUGAUGACCUCCCUCCUAACGAAGACCCCUGCAAACACUGCGGCCUCCCCAACCAUCCCGAGCUGAUCUUGCUAUGUGACUCGUGUGACAGUGGCUAUCACACGGCCUGCCUCAGACCCCCUCUCAUGAUCAUCCCAGAUGGCGAGUGGUUCUGUCCACCCUGCCAACAUAAGCUACUCUGUGACAAGCUUGAGGAGCAGCUUGCUAAUCUCGAUGCUGCCCUGAAAAAGAGGGAUCGCGCUGAGCGAAGAAAAGAACGUUUGGUCUAUGUUGGAAUAAGUGUUGAAAACAUCAUCACUCCCUCUUUGGAGGUAGAGGAAGAAAAGGAGGAAGAAGUGAAGAAGGAGAAGAAGGAGAAGAAAGAGAAAAGCAAGAGCUGGGGUCGAAGGUCAACAAGGGCAAAGAAAAGCAUAAGUUACAGGUUUGAUGAAUUUGAUGAGGCUAUCGAGGAGGCAAUUGAAGAAGACAUCAGAGAGGCUGAUGGUGGAGGAGCUGGUCGGGGCAAGGACAUGGCCAACAUCACAGGCCAUAGCAGAGGGAAGGACAUGUCCACCAUCCUGGCAGCAGGAGAGGUUGGUGAGGGCAAGGAGAAUGGACGCCCGCCACGGCCCAAAGCCGGCCAGCGCAGGAAGAAGCGCCGGCGUCUCAACGACCUGGACAGCGACAGCACUGUGGAGGAGGAGGAGAGCGAGGACGAGUUCCGUCUCAGUGACAGUACGGAGGAAGAGGAGUUUGUGGCGUCAGACAAGAGCGACGCAGAGAGCGAAGCGGCAGUCGACUCUAACGACGACAGUGACUUCGGCAGCACGCAACGCAGAACUGCCAGGACAAGGAGGCCGGCCAAAUGUCAAAGGAGCACUCGGCCGCGAAGGCGCCGCAGAGCGAGAGGGUACUCAGACGAUGAAGAGGAGGAGACGAGUGAUGAAGAUGAGGACGAAAUGAUGUCAGAGGGCUCCAGCGAGUUCAGCGACAGCGACCUGGACUGUAGUCAACGCCGAUCCCGCCGUAGUCAUACAAAGAAGCAGGUCAACUACUGCGAGUCGUCCGGCGACUCCGACGGCUCCAAGGCCGGCACCAACCGGGACAAAGUCAAACCGCGGAGGCGCCUUGCCAGCUCCGACAGCGAAGCAAGCUCCUCCAGAGGCUCGGAAGACGGCAAGAGGGAGAGAACUAGGUUGAAGAGGAGGGCUGACUCAUCUGAGGAAGAGUCCCAGCAGCGCCGCAGACGCCUCUCGCUGAAACGGAGGCGAGCCUCCGAGGAGGACGAUGAAGAUUCCGACGAAUCAUCGGAGGGAGAGCGUCCGGUCCGCAAGCGUGUGAACCGCAUUGACUCGGACGACUCUGACGAGGAGGAGGAGAAGGAAGAAACAAAGGAAGAGGAGGAAGGGGGGGUGCUGGGGAAGGGAGCCAGCCCAUUGGACUACAACCUGGUGGAGCUGCACCCCCCUACCAACGGACAGAGUCCCAUCAAGGCCCUGGAGGGCCUGGCUCACAUUGGGCCCCAAAAACCUGGAGCCACAGCCGUCACCAUAGCACCCAAUGGACUGGAGUUGGCGCCACAGGACGAUGAUGAGGACGACCUGCUGGGGGUCACAGACCUAGUGGACUUUGUCUGCAAUAGUGAUGUGUUGUAAAACCAACUUGUACGUUUGUUCAUUUCUGUAGUAUUGUAUUUUUUUAUAUUAUGUUUUUUUCUCCACUGAAGUCGUCCACCGUUUAUUUCUGCCCUCUUGUUUUUAUUUUUUUUCUAUUCAUCCUCCUUGUCCCCUCCUCAGUGUGCCCCCAUCCAUCCAUAUGAACUGGAUGCCUUACGGGGAGAAGUUAAUUCUCUUCACUCUUCGCACCUCUCGCAGUUGGAUUGUACAGUCAUUGAGAGCACUAACUCUAAAGGAUGUUUUGUGGCACGUGAAUUAGCUUUGUCUUAUCCUCUGUACUCCGUCACCGAUGGACAUGCGGGUCAGAUACUUGACUACAAAUGAACCUACCUGUUUCUCCAGCCAACUUCCAGGGUUUCCUACUCAGGGGUAUGUCCACUACCCCACAUGACCCCACCAUACAAAGAAUCCAUCUCUCAACUUCAUGGUUUUGUUCAUUAGGCCCAAAACGGAAGAAAGUAGACAAACUGGGAGGGACUAACUAGACUUGUCCAAUAAACACUCAUUUUUGUU